AAUAUUAUAUGAAAUUGUAGACGGAUACAGAGAGUGAGUGUCAAUUUUCAAAGCCGAAAUGAGAAAAUAAGGAAAUUGUACAACACUAAUAUUCUGCUUUUAUAUAACUGCAUUAGAGAACCAGGAAGCUACAAGCAAAAAUGAUUCGAAAAAGAUAAUAUACAAUUAUAUACGAAAUGGGAUUUCAAGUUCUCCUUCAUGAUGAAUGCAUAGUACCCAAUGAAUAAGUAUUGACAUUGGUUAUGGAGAAAACACGCGGUAUCCAUUGUAUAGAUACAAUUUUAGUGGUGGCUGCACUGACUCAAUCUAUAUUUACAUCCAGUGAUUUAUAUUCUCUGUAUUUUCACGAGGAAUUCAUGUUGAAAGAUGUGAUCUUAUUUGUCAAUAGUAAUCGAAGCUGUGGAUUUGUUUUACAUGAUCUCCCUUCCCUCAUCCUUCAAGAUAAUUCGAUAGACUCUAAGGAGACCUGUGUGCUGUUUGCUAUUUUUGAACAUAUGUCAUUCAACGAGACAGUUUUGAUUAAUCAUGUGACUUUCAUUACCGAGGGAGUGAAAUACAAUGUUGACGUGAAGAGAAAUGCUUGUUAUGGCAAUUACGUCUUGGAAAGAGUUAAACUUUUUCUCUCAUGUCAUCUCAAAACAGCAUCUAAUGGAAAAACAUGUGUUGAUGGAAGGGAUUGUAAUAGUGAAAACGAGUUAUGCAACAGGCUUUUCGAGGAUGAAAAUAAAACAGGGCUUUGUAUGGCACGCCACGAUCUCUUUGGAUCCUGUGACACUGAUAUGCAGUGUAAACCAACCACAAAAUGUAAACAUAUUGGAGGGAGAGGGGUCUGCUACUGCCCGGAAGGAUCGGAAAUCAUAAAUGGAACAUGUUUAAAAGUUGGGAUGUCUUUAAACGAAUCAUGUUCUAACGACCGUCAGUGCACUGGUACUGCAAACGCUGGUAGGUGUCAACAGAACAAACAGAGCCCAGGUGGUGUAUGUUCUUGUGAUCCAGGAUUCCUUCAAGAGGAUUGGAAUUGUUUACGAGGUAAUCAACGUCUUUUUCAAUCUUGUGAAUCACACAGACAAUGUACAGGAACUUACGGGGCACGAGAAUGUAAGGUCAUCGCUGGUAUACAAAUGUGUCACUGUCCGGAUAACCACAUAGUCGUUCGAGACUUUUGUUUAAAAGUUGGGUUAACCAUAGGGGAGUUGUGUAUAACCGAUAGAGAUUGUACCAGUACACAAAAUGGCGGAAGAUGUGUCUACAACAACGCUACAAGGACUCAAACAUGUAAUUGCAAUGAGGGAUAUCUAAGAAAUGGAUCAUUUUGUUUAGCAGUUAACAAAACACUUUUUGAGACUUGUGAAAUAGACAAGCAGUGUAAUGGAACGUUGGGUCUGGAGAUAUGCAGGACAAUUGGCGAUCGGAAAAUAUGUGCAUGUGGACCUGAGUACAUUGAGGAUAAAACGUCCCUUACAUGUCAGAAAGUUGGAAAGCGGAUAUUCGAGUCGUGUAUGGUGGAUGACCAGUGCACUGGGACGAUUGAUGCUGACGUUUGUGGUUAUCAGGAGAGCACAUCAAUUAGAAUAUGUGUAUGCAGUGAUGGAUAUGAGUGGGUGAAUGAAUCGUGUGUACCAACUGGAAGAGAGUUACUAGAAUCGUGUGUGUUUGAUGUACAGUGUAAUGGAACUAAUGGUGCCACAAUUUGUAAAUCGUUUGGAAAUAGGUCGUUAUGCUUUUGUGAUGAAGGUAUGCUGGAAUUCGAUGGAAGGUGUAUUGGAGCUGGCAGAAGCCUUGGUGAUCCAUGUGAAAUGGACAGGCAGUGUAUAGGAACACUGCACGCUGGUGUUUGUGGUGAGAAAAGUUGGUGUUCGUGUGACCAGGGGUUCAUCGAAGACCAUAGCGAGUGUGUAAAAGAUGGACGGGCUUGGGAAAUAAUGUAUCAGUGUCUGCUUGUUGGGGCGGGCGGAGGUUUCUUUGGAAUAUCUUAUGUCAUCGUGAUGCUUUUGGGUAGAUUGAGAAGAUAUUUACUAUCCAAAGCAGGGAGACAAACUAUACAGACCGUUCAGAACGCGACUGAGGCAGUGUAUGGCGAACAAUCCUGUGAUCCCACCGUGUCCAGUGAUGAACCUUCAAUGAGUAAUCAACAAGAUGAAUGUGGAAAAACACAGCACAUAUAUCAUCAACUGAACAGCACUGUAGAAGACGAAGAAAAUGAAUAUUCUCAUCAAAUGGCCUCCUUCAGGGAGCAGAACCCCUCUUACAACGUAUACAACGACACAUUUAGAAAAAAUACGCCAAGGUGUCAGAACAUGUAUGACGUGGUGCAAACUAUCUCUGACCACGUGGUGCACAGUUCUAAUGAGGCUCCCAAUUCCAUUGGACUAUAUGAAUUUGCCGAGCCUUUAGACACCAACGUGUCUUAAAUAUGUGAUUUAUUGUCAAUUUGGACACGAUAAACCUGAUAUUUACCUACGGUAAUCCAUUGCGAUUUCAAUCUAAUGAUAACGUAUACGGUUCUUUUCAUUAACCUUGUGACGGAAUCUUUAACUUUGAAUAAAACCAUUUCCAAAAAAAAAAAAAAAAUAUA